ACAACUCAAAAAAAGCGUCCAGGUUCAAUGAACCUGAAAGGCCGCCUGGCUCAGCUAUUUGCACCUUCCCUCUCCGUUGUUUUCGCCUCCACCUAUAUAUACAACUUAUACACACGCUUAUACAUUCAAAACAAUCUCUCAUCUUCAAUUUACUCCAUCUCAAUUUCUACUCAUCACAACACAAAUUAUACAGAAAUUUAAUUAAUGGCGUUUGGUGCUGUAACUUCAUCUACUGCCAUUUCUGCUUCUUUCUCUUCUCAUUCUCUUGAACAAACCAAAGUUUCGCAGCUCGGCUCAUAUCAGCCGGUGAAUUGGUGUCCUGCAUCGACGGUGCUGAAUGUUUCUCGGAAACGUUCGUCGUGCGUGAAGGCUUUGAACGCCGAGCCGAAAAGAAACGACUCAAUUGUGGCUUCUGCUGCAACCUUACUCGCUUCUGAAGUGGUGCAGAAAGUAGAAGCGGAGGUAGAGGCAGAGGACUAUGAGAAGCUGGCUUUAGAGCUCGAAAACGCAUCCCCACUUAAGAUUAUGGAUAAGGCCCUUCAGAAGUUUGGGAAUGAUAUUGCGAUUGCUUUCAGUGGUGCUGAGGAUGUUGCUUUGAUUGAAUAUGCUCAUUUGACUGGGCGUCCUUUCCGAGUGUUCAGCCUAGACACUGGAAGGCUUAAUCCAGAAACAUACAGGUUAUUUGAUGCAGUGGAGAAGAAAUAUGGGAUUCACAUUGAAUAUAUGUUUCCUGAUGCUGUUGAAGUUCAGACCUUGGUGAGGACCAAGGGUAUGUUCUCAUUUUAUGAAGAUGGACACCAGGAGUGCUGCCGUGUGAGGAAAGUGAGACCUUUGAGGAGAGCCCUCAAGGGCCUGCGAGCAUGGAUUACUGGGCAGAGGAAGGAUCAGUCACCAGGAACUCGAUCUGAAAUUCCAGUUGUCCAGGUGGAUCCUGUUUUUGAAGGGCUUGAGGGUGGGCCUGGGAGCUUGGUGAAAUGGAACCCAGUCGCAAAUGUGCAGGGUACUGAUAUAUGGAAAUUUCUCCGUACAAUGGAUGUACCUGUGAAUUCGUUGCAUGCACAAGGAUACAUCUCUAUUGGCUGUGAGCCAUGUACAAGACCAGUUCUACCAGGACAACAUGAAAGAGAAGGAAGGUGGUGGUGGGAGGAUGCUACUGCCAAGGAAUGUGGCCUACAUAAAGGUAAUAUCAAGGAUGGAAAUGUAAAUGGUAAUAGCAGCGUAGCUGUCCAAGCGAAUGGUACCACCACUGUCGCUGACAUUUUUAACAGCCAGCAUGUGGUGAGCCUAACCAGGCCAGGGAUUGAAAAUUUGAUAAAGUUAGAAGAUAGAAAAGAACCAUGGCUUGUUGUUCUUUAUGCACCUUGGUGCCGCUUUUGCCAGGCAAUGGAAGGAUCCUAUGUUGAAUUGGCAGAGAAGUUAGCCGGAACAGGAGUUAAAGUUGCAAAGUUCCAGGCAGACGGAGACCAGAAGCCAUUUGCAGAGAGAGAAUUACAACUGGGGAGCUUCCCUACAAUACUUUUCUAUCCGAAACACUCCUCUCGAGCUGUGAAGUACCCUUCUGAAAAGAGGGAUGUCGAAUCCUUGUUGGCAUUUGUGAACACACUCAGAUGAGACACGCACUAAGAUCUUCUCUGUUGACGCGUAAAAGUUUAGCCGUUUUAGAGACCCUCACUGUCAUUCUGUGAAUGUACCCAGAUGUGAGACCCUCACUGUGAAUGUACCCAGAUGUUCAUUGCAGCAGUCAAUCGUAGAUGGGUUUGCCUGUAUGUUUUCUCUAAAUUGUAAAUCUAUGUACCUGGUGUAGGUAGGGCAGUUAUUGUCACUUGUGUACUUAGUUUUGCCUUUCAGUUCUGCUAGUUUAGACAUCUUGUGAGCUUAUCUAUAUCAUGAAAAUGUAUACAUAAGGUCUUAAUGCUGCA